ACUAUUUGAAAAGUGCUUUGAAAUAGUGUUCACAAAAUUAAAAUGAGAAAGUACUUGGUGUUUUUGACAAACCUGAGACACUAUAGCCACAUUCCGAAUACAAGUAAGGCGCUGGCCUGUACCAACUGGGAUCUUAUACAGCAUGAAUGUCAAGCAAUGUAAUCAAAAUUUGUUUGAUCUGGUCGAGUUAACGCCGCCGAUUGUGCCUUCAGCUGUGAAUCAGCUGCCAAGUGCUAAUAGUUAGUGUAAUCCAUGUCGGCUAGCAGACAUGGUUCUCCUAUUUCUGAUCGUGCAUCUACUUAUCAGUUAUAUUUGGGACUCGCAGCUCGUCAGUCGAAAUGGAUGCAAUACUGAAAGUUAUCUUUUUGAUCAGCCUUUAUAUAAUUGCCGUAAGUCUACGCUACGCAUUGUGUGACGAUGUCCCAUCUGCCGAAGCCGGCAUGGUGGUAACCGAAAGUGAAGAGCACUAUACGGCAUCGGACGACUUUGACUUUUAAGGGAUAAAUAAAUAUGUUAUCUUUCGGCA